UCAGUAUGCCUAUAUGCACCGACAUACUCAUUUAGUGAUAAUGUCAAUAACGUGUGCGCUUAGAGGGGCCGUUGCGCGGUACUAAAUUCAACAUGAGUCAUAACCCAUAUUCUCUCUUCACAUUUUUCAUUUUCAUCAUGACUUCAUUUAGCGUUGUAUUUAUUGCAUUUUUUGUUUCUGAGGCACAUGGAUCCCUAUUACAACAGUCAGAAUCAGACGACUAUGGGUUUUUGGUCGAUAGAGGACCUACUUCGGAUUCCAAUUUAAAAUAUAAUUCAAAACUACAGAAAGAGGCCGAGUCCCUCACUGCGUUCUGCUUCGGUGCGAAGAAAGACGCCUUCUGCACGGAUCAAUGUAGGAAAGUAGCCCGGAUCUCCGUGCAGAGGAUCUGCCAGGAUCAGAAGUUCUUGUCCGAUACCUACAAGGAGCUGGUGCCCUGUGACCACGUCGGGCCGGGAGUCUGUCGCUGGUUCAGGUGUCACUGCCAUCCUCUCUUUGAGCCCAACGCAACGAAGGUCACGGAGGUCACGGAGGUUACGGACGUUACGCUCGGCUUUUGCAAGAAAACACUCCUCAGGUAUUUCGAACUCAACAAGGAGCUCGGAACGGUUGGCUUUCAAAAGGAUUGAUCGAUCGCCCGAAAAAAAGUAAAAGUGUUGCGGGGAUAGGUGCGUGAUGGACUCUGACGAAUGGGAGAUGAAGUCGCACAAGAGAUCGGAGGACAGAGAAGAGGAGACGGCAGAAUAGGAAGAAUGAAAAGCAGGAAGAAGUGCAAGGAUCUCGAUUGAAGAAGAUACUUCUGGACAAGAUAUGAAUUAAAGCACUACAUAACAUGUGUAAUCUAUUCAGAAUUAAUGGUCCAUUGGGCAAGGUACGAAUUUAAGCAUUCUAAAACAAGUUUCUUAACUAGAA